AUGUCUGAAGUAGAGCGAGUCAACAUCAUCUUUGUCGGGGCCGGAGCACCCCCCCACGGCCUUCACGUGUCACUGGUCGCCAGAUCCAACUACAAGGCCAUAGAGCAGUCGGGCGUGCAACUCCAGACGCGCGACUUUGGGGACUACACAUUCCGCCCCGAGGUGGCCUUUCCAUCCAUCGAGGCGGCAGCGGCGGCGGCAGACGGCGAUGGAGAAUCCCCGAGGAACUGGGACUACGUGUUUGUCACGACCAAGGCCCUCCCGGACAUCAGCGACGACUCGGCCAUGAUCGCCCCCCUCGUCGGGCCGCGCACGUGCAUCGUGCUCAUCCAGAACGGCGUGGGUGUCGAGGACCCUUUCCGCCGCCGGUUCCCCGACACGUCGAUCGUGAGCGGCGUCACCAUCGUCAGCGCGGAGCAGACGUCCCCCGGCGUCGUGCGCCAGAACCGUUGGACGAGGAUCAGCAUCGGGCCCUACGCGCACGGGCUCCUUGCGGGCCAGGCGCAGCUGCCGGAGGGGCAGGACACGAGCGACGAGGUCAUCCGCUCGCGCAGCGCAAAGUGCACGGACGACCUGGCGAGGUGGUGGGCCGACCUCGGCGGCAUCCGUGACGUGGAACCCCACGACGAGAUCGGCCUGCAGACGGUGCGGUGGCACAAGCUGUGCAUCAACGCCGCCAUGAACCCCUCCGCCGUGCUGUCGGGCGGCCGGGGCAACGCCGACAUGGUCACCGACCUGGAGCUCCGGAGGCACCUCGAGGCCGUCAUGUGGGAGAUCUGGGACGCCGCACCGCGUGUGCUCGGGCGUCCGCUGCCGGACAACGUCGCCACGCCCGACAAGAUCCUGAGGAGCACGGAGAAGAACACGGGGGCCAGACCGAGCAUGCUGCUCGACUGGGAGGCCAGGAAGCCCAUGGAGCUCGAGGUCAUCCUGGGGAACCCUGUGCGCAUCGCCAGGGCAAAGGGCGUCGAGAUGCCUAGGCUGCAGAGCCUCUAUGCUUUGUUGAGGUCGGCGCAGGAAGCUAGAAAGAGGGAGGGGAAGUUGUGA